AUGCAAGAAUCUACUCUUGGUAACUACGCCAUCGGAAAUACAUUAGGGGAAGGUACUUUUGGAAAGGUUAAAAUGGGAACCCAUUUAUAAAGUGGAGAGAAGGUAGCAAUUAAAAUUUUAGAAAAAGCCAAGUUUGAAGAUGAAAGUGAUGUUUAUAGAAUAGCAAAGGAAAUAGAAAUCUUAAAGAAGUUGAGACAUCCUCACAUAAUCUAAAUAUAUGAGAUAAUUGACACAGAUAAGGAAAUUUAUCUAAUAAUGGAAUAUGCAAGUGGUGGAGAAUUAUUUGAAUAUAUUGUAAAAAAUCAUCGAGUUUCAGAAAAGAUAGCAUGUAGAUUCUUGCUUCAAAUUUUAUCAGGAGUUGAGUACAUGCACAAAAUUGGGAUUGUUCAUAGAGAUUUAAAACCAGAGAAUUUACUUUUUGAUAAUAAUCAAAAUAUUAAAAUUGUUGACUUUGGUUUAUCCAACACUUAUAAGCCUAAUGAAUUAUUAAAGACUGCAUGUGGAAGUCCAUGCUAUGCUGCUCCAGAGAUGAUUUAGGGUUUGAAAUAUUCUGGAUAUUUAAUCGACAUUUGGAGUUGUGGUAUAGUGUUGUAUGCAAUGCUAUGUGGAUAUCUGCCAUUUGAAGACUAGAAUACUAAUUAAUUAUAUAAGAAGAUUGUUGCUGGGGAUCUUGUGUUUCCUAAAUGGCUAUCAAUUGAAGCUAAAGAUCUCUUGAAGAACAUCCUGAACACAGAUCCAAAGAAGAGAUUUACGAUACCAUAAAUUAAGGGACAUAAAUGGGCCAAAGCAAUUAAAGUAGAGGAACAUUAUGGGAAUAUAGGCAGCGACAAUAUUUAAGUUGAUGAAAUCAUAGUUGAAUAGUUGAAAAAUCUGUAUUCGGUUGAUCCCUAGCUAUGUCGAAAACUUGUUAAAAAAAACAGACACAAUAAUGUUACAACACUAUAUUACCUCUAAAUGCAAAAAAAUAAGAAGAAUAGAACUUAUAAUUAUUUUAAAAAAGAUAUCGAUGAUUCAAUCACCUAAUCUUACAUUCUCAAUUCCUCAAAUCUAGAUUCCUUAAAUGCAAGCAACAACAAUACUUCUAGAUAAAAGUAAAAUACAAGUAAUAGCCACUCUCCAUAACAUAGAAUCAUGACUUCAAUCAAUAACAAAUAGCAAUCGCCUUCACCUCAGCCCAUUAAAUAGUUAACUAAACCAGAUUCACCAAAAUAAUUCAGCAUCUAAUUAAAAAGAGAUAUAAUAAAACGACCACAAAUUAGACCCAUCAUUCCUCCCAUGCUAAAACCUAUAUAUUAGGUUGUUAACAAUUCAAUUUCUAGUGUUGGCACCAAUGGAAAUACACCUCUUUAAACCAAUAGAAAAACUGAAGAUUCUUUUUCAUUAGACAAAGGCAAACCAAAAGUUUAUAAUUAACCAUAAUCUUAGGUCAGUAAUAGAGAACGUGCCACUAGUGCCAUAUCGGAAUAUACUCAACCCAAUCCAGUUAAAAUUCAAUAACCGAAAAUUCAUAAAGGAGCCUUCAAUUUCUAAUGCACAACUCAUAGAGACCCUUCAGUUUUUGCUGCUGAGGUAUUAAAGAUGAUGAUUUAAAUGUAAAUAAAAAUACUGCAGUAAAAUGAUCCGUAUGAGAUGCUAUGUUCAGCCAACUUAUCUCUCAAAUUCGAAAUUUCAAUUAGACAGAUUCAAAACUGUGAUAGUCUUUACUUAUUAAAGGCUCACCAUAUUAGUGGAGAAUGGGAAGAGUAUUAGAAAAUUUUAAAUAGACUUAUUUAAUUGUUAAAUUUUUGA